UCGUCGAAGAGAAGACGAAGAUGACCGGAGUCCUGGAUUACAGCACCAGAUGUUUCUGAUUAUGGAGGACUUGUUAGAUUAAUUAAAACUGUUGGAUUAUGAAGAACAAGUCCUUGUGAAGCACAACAUGAAACCUCUAUCCAGGCAUUAUUUUGUAGCAAGUUCAUACACGCAAAGUAACCCUGGAGAACAGUUCUACAUGUUCAGCGUCAUCGCAGCUUGGCUCAUAACACUGUGUGGCCGGUCAUUCGAAACCCCACAAGAAUAUGAUGACCCCAAUGCGAUUGUCUCAAACAUCCUUACGCACCUCAGGGCACUGGGUGGGCUGGUUGAAUUUCCUCCUUCAAAGCUGAAGUCUGGUUCAGGGGAACAUGUGUGCUACGUCUUGGACCGCCUGGCAGAGGAAGCCCUGAAUUGUAGACAGUUUGUCUGGAAGAGGCCUCUCUACCCCUCAGAGCAGUUGGAGGAGGAGUCUGUGCUGGAGGAUGAUGCCGAGCUCACGCUCAGCAAAGUGGAGGACUUGACUGAGGAGGCUGCCGAGUUUGAAGACGUUAUUGAUCUGGAGGAACUGAAGUCCAGAACUAGUCAGAGUGAGGAGAGAGGGCAGGGACCAGAGAUGAUCCUGCAGUCAGUGACCGAUUCUGCAGAGUGGAAUUUGGAGAUAGAGAGGGUUCUGCCCCAACUCAAAGUCUCUGUCCGCACAGAUAUUAAGGAUUGGCGGUGCCAUGUGAGCCAAAUGCGUCAACACCAAGAUGGCAUCAAAAGCUCUUUGAAAGAGGCCAAGGCAUAUCUAGAUAAACUGCUGGAAGAGAUCAGUAAGACUCAAGAGAAAGUGAGCAGCAGAGAGAAGUACAUCAACACACAGCUAGAACACCUAAUCACAGACUACAGGAAUGCACAAUCAAAAUUCUGUGAGGUCAAGGAGCUGCAUCAGCAGGCCAGUAGAGGAGUGACUGAGAGAACUAGAACUAUAGCAGAGAUCAAUGAGGAGCUUGAGAAAGUGAAGCAGGAGAUGGAUGAGAAGGGCAGCAGCAUGUCAGAUGGAGUUCCAGUAGUAAAGAUCCAGCAGAGUCUGACUAAGUUAAAGCAGGAGAUCCAGGAGAUGGAUGUGCGCAUGGGGGUUGUGGAACAAACACUGUUGCAGGCCAAACUCAAGGAAAAGAGCAACAUGACCAGAGACAUGCAUGCCACACACAUCACAGAGAUUACUACACACACCUACUCAUAACCACACACAGAAUACACACAAUACAGUGAAGGGAAAAAUUAUUUGAUCCCCUGAUGAUUUUGUACGUUUGCCC